UCUCUUUCAUUCUGUUCUCCAAGCUUUUAGCAGGCAAGUUUUCAAAAAGGGAUUCCACGGAGCUUCCAGGGCGGGGCUGUUGCGUUUAUCACUCUGGCCGACUCUCCAGUGAAAUCUUCUCGCACCUUCAGGGAGGUGUGGCUUCCAUCAGAAGGCAUUGGUCCCUUCCUUUCUGCUCUUCUGCUCUUCCAUUGUACUCGGUCUCUUGUUUGGCAUCUCCCCAUUGAUUAUGGCUAACCUUUGCAUCUAUCUUCUUCAAUAUAAUUGCUACUUUGUUAAGGUUUCCUUUUGCAGUCUGUUAUAUCUCAGUUUUUAGCCAUUAGAGAGGUAAUACCAAUUAGGCAGAAAUCUAGAGAGAGAAAGAAGAAGAAGAAGAAGAAGAAGAAGUAAGAAAAGAAGAAAAAGAAGCUAGCCUUUUGUGUUCUUUGUUGGAUAUUCUAAUUGAAACCAGUAUCCUAUCUGAAAUGGCCAAAUUCAAUUGUUUCUCCGUGCUAGUGGGGUGGAAGAAGAAAUCCAAGGUUGAGGAGGAAUGUCCAGACCUUGUUCACUAUAGCAAGGGACUUACAACUCCACAAGUAGAGCUAAAACAGCCAGUGAAAUCUACUGAAUGCAAUGAACUAAAUUCAACUUCUUUCCGUUUCUCAGCUCCCAUUGGUAUCCAAGAGAAUUCUUCCCACAAGGUAAAGGUGCUUGGUGACGAGAAGGCUCUUGGAUAUGAAGCAGCUCAGGCAGCUUACGAAGCGGAAGACGAGCAUGAGGAAAACUUGUCUAUUAAGAGGGAUUUCUCAGACUUUGAUCUUCAAGCUCUCGAAUCUGAAAGAGAAGGAGAAGUGCACCACUCAACUAACAGAAAAAUUGCCUCAGACGAUUUAAUUGAUCGCGAGAUGGACUAUCAGUCAGAGAGAGAUGUUGACUUGGAUGCCGAAUUGAUCCAAAGUGGUCAUGUUAGUGACCCCGGGAUUGGCAAAGCAGAAUUCUUGGCUUCUCCUGGACUUAUACGCUCGUGCUCCAACCUUGAAACAAGGGAUCUACUGAAGAAUAUGGCUGAUGGGAUGCCUCCUUUAAAAUAUCGUUCUUUCAAACACUUGCAGAGUUUUCCGUCUAGUAAAAAGGAGGAAUUUGAUGCAGGAAUUCAAGGCAGCCCAGAAUCAGUAAUGACAUCUCGCAGUGCAGACAGAGUGAUGCUGAGGAAGCAAUCUUCAAGCCAAAUUCUCCCUUCCAGGAGUAGAAGACUCUGGUGGAAGUUGUCUCUCUGGAGUCACAGGAAUCUGGAGAAGUCAAGGAGCAUGAAAAUACGGCACCUCUCCAGUAUCAGCACUUCAAACCAGAAAGGUGGGUAUUCCUCGGACACUCUGGAACCGAACCAGGCCAAGGAGUUCGGCAGCAUGGAAUCACCUGGAUCGUUCACUGGAGAAUCCAGAAACAACAGCCCGGACUGGAACAAGAAAUUUCACCAUGGAGCUUCUGGCUUAUGGCCCCAGAACCAGUGGGUUGCUUUUCAUACAGGGUCUUCAUCCAUGACAAGAGUCGAUCAGUGGGUAAACAGUCUUGAGACCCAACCACCUCCUCCAGUCAAUGCUGAAGACAUGGCCAAUGAAGAUAUCACAUUCCCGCCUUCUCCUGAUGCAUCUCCAGCUAAAAACACAAGUCAUAUGAACCACUGGUCUAAUAAUGUCUCAGAGGAAGUUUUACAUGCUAACAAUGUGAUCCAGUCUCUGAAUUCUUCCUCAACUGUAGCCCAUAUCGCUGGUAUGAGUUUGAAAGUCAUCCCUCCAAUUUCAGGAUUCUCAAGUCUUCGAUCUGUCAACUUAUCAGGAAAUUUCAUAGUCCAUAUUACUCCCGGCUCACUACCUAAGGGCCUUCAUAUGCUGAACUUGUCCAGAAACAAGAUAGUCACCAUUGAGGGCCUCAGAGACCUGACUCGGCUGCGAGUACUUGAUCUCAGUUACAACCGGAUCUCCCGAAUUGGCCAAGGGCUGUCAUACUGUACGCUCAUCAAAGAGCUCUAUCUGGCUGGAAACAAGAUCAGUGAUGUAGAGGGGCUACACAGGCUCUUGAAGUUGAUGGUCCUGGAUCUAAGCUUCAACAAGAUAACCACAGCCAAAGCGUUUGGGCAACUAGUAGCAAACUACAACUCCUUAUUAGCUCUGAAUCUGUUGGGCAAUCCAAUCCAGAGCAACAUUGGUGAAGACCGGCUUCGGAAGACGGUUUCUGGAAUCCUCCCACAGCUAUCUUACCUGAACAAGCAACCCAUCAAACCACAUAGGGCAAGGGAGGUGACCACUGCUGUUGGGGUCAAUGAAUGGGCCUCUCGUAGGAAAGCACUGAAACGAGUGAGCACAGUUGGAUCAUCUUCAUCCGGAAAGCACAGGAGCAGUGUUGCAGGGACUGGACAGAUAACGAGCCAUAGAUCAAACAGAACCCACCAAAACUCCCCCACAAGACGGAAAUUGUCAGCACGUCCUUCUUUCCAUUAGGAAUUUUCCCCCUUCUUGGAAAUUAUGGUUAGAGGCGUGUCUUGGUGCAAUACUAAAGCUUGGGCUGCAAGCAUGAAAAUCU